GGGCGCGCUGCCAUUGGCGCCGUUGUGCUUUGUGUGCGCGGAGCAGCCCGGGCCGCCGCUGGCGCCGCGUCGGACGGACCGGCGGGGAGGGAGGCGGGCCGGGCCGAGCCGAACCGGGCCGGGCCGAGCCUCCAUCGCCCCACGAAGGCCGCAGCAUGGUCCUGGUGCACGUCGGAUACCUGGUGCUGCCCGUCUUCGGCUCCGUGCGCAACAGAGGUGCUCCAUUUCAAAGGUCUCAGCAUCCCCAUGCUACCUCCUGCCGACACUUCCACCUGGGUCCCCAGCCUCAGCUCUCCGCUGACUUCACCCUGCCUCACGCAGUGCAGCCCCAGCCAGGGCUGACCCCACACAUGGCCCCCGCACACCAGCAUAGCGGUCCCCUGCACCAAUCCUUGGCCCCAGUGCCAGCCCUGCCCUUCCAAGAUGUGGCUGGACCAUCCUUCCUACCUCAGGCGCUACACCAGCAAUACCUCCUCCAGCAGCAGCUCCUUGAGGCCCAGCACCGCCGGCUCAUGCCCCAUCCCAGGCGGGCUCAGGAGCGCAUGUCUGUUCAGCCUCACCGUCUGCACCCCAGCUUUGACUUCAGCCACCAACUGCAAACCCCACAGCCCAUGGCACCCCAGCCCAGGUACUUGGCAGAAGGCACAGACUGGGACCUCAGUGUUGAUGCAGGACUGACUCACGCCCAGUUCCAGGUCCGCCCGGUCCCCCAGCCCUAUCAGCAUUACUUAGCUACACCUCGGAUGCAUCACUUCCCCAGAAGCACAUCCUCAACACAGAUGGUUGUUCAUGAAAUCAGAAAUUACCCUUAUCCUCAGCUCCAGUUACUUGCUCUUCAGGGACUGAACCCAAGCAGGCAUACAUCAGCUGUGCGGGAGAGCUAUGAAGAGCUGCUGCAGCUGGAGGACAGGCUGGGCAGUGUGAGUCGGGGGGCUGUCCAGAACACUAUUGAGAGAUUCACCUUCCCCCACAAGUACAAGAAGAGAAGACCACAGGAGGGUAAAGCUGAGCAAGAGGAUGGAGAGGAGUCAGACACUGAUGAGAAAUGCACAAUCUGUCUGUCCAUGCUUGAAGAUGGAGAAGAUGUCAGGAGGUUACCCUGCAUGCAUCUCUUCCAUCAAGUAUGCGUGGACCAGUGGCUGGCUACCAGCAAGAAGUGCCCGAUCUGCAGGGUGGACAUUGAAACGCAGCUCGGCUCGGACAGCUGAAAGAACUGGCUGGACACACCAUUUUCCUUAUCAGGUCGUAUGGCCAUAAACCCUUGCAGCAAAAUUUUUUGCCUUCUGAGCCAUUUGAUUGAGAGGAAAAGUCUGCAGGCAAGUUAGAGAGGGAGAGGAGGAGGUGUUGGUACAAUAUCUAGCAGUAGGAGAUAUUGCACAUGCGCAGGAUACGGGCCCGGUGAAAGGGAGCUGGCAUUCCCGGAGCUCAGAGACCCCAUGCUACAGAAGAUUUAGUGUUGAACAUGAAGGAACUAGUUGUGGUAGUCUGGCCUGUCAAUCCUGCAUUUCAUGAGGAUUGUAUAUAUACCUCUCGAAUACGUAGAAACAUGUUAUAGGGGUCCUUUAGCUAUUUCUAUGGAUGGCAGCUGGAGCAUGUUAGCUUAAGAAAUGUUGUGUUUGAUGCCCUACUCAUCUUGUGGUGGACAUGUUGCUGUUACCUAAUUUGCACCAAAUAUUUUUUCAUGGAUUCCUUAUGUUGGUGCCUGAUUAAUACAUUGCAAAAGGGGAAUGCAGAGGUCAAGCUUUCCCACCCUUGGGGGGAAGAGGCGAAAAAGCAAAAUCCUGUUUACAAUCAGAAGGGUUGCGCUCUUUGCCUCAGCCAUGCGUGCUUCCUUUCCUUGCCUUUACAGUGUUGCAAAUUUAGAGAUGCUUAAAAUACACUAAAAUAAGAAAAAAAAAACCAAACAAAAAACAAAAAAACAACAGACAAAUUGGAAAUGAAAUGAAUGAAGCAAUAAGGUGAGGCUUCGUUCCUGCUGUUCUGCUGCUGCUGAAUGCUUUCUGUAGGGGCACAGUGUUGAGGUGGAUGCUGUUUCUUUGCUCUUCGUGUAGCUCAGCAUGCUGAAAUCCAUGCUAGGCUGUGGGCUGUCUCCAUGAUCUCUGUUAUCCAUAGUGAAUGAUCUUACUGAUAUGGUGAGCUGCAAGCUGGUUGGCUUCAGAGCACUGUGGCUCAAGUCUCCCCAGGGUUGGACAUCUCCUUUGAUUUAGGGUAUAGCUUCUCAGAAACAUUGCAAUAGGACAAGGGGAAAUGGUUUCAAACUAAAAUAGGAGAGAUUACACUGGAUAUAAGAAAGAAGUUUCUUACAAUAAGGGUGGUGAUGCCCUGCCACAGGCUGCAUAGAGUGCUGGUGGUGCCCCAUCCCUACAGGCACCCAAGGUCAUCUUGGAAGGGACUCUGAGCACUGAUGGAGCUGUGGGUGUCCCUGUGCACUGCAGGGAGUGGGACCUGAUGGCCUUUAAGGGUCCCUUUCCCAGAGAGGUUGUGGAUGCCCCAUCCCUGAGGGUGUUGAAGGCCAAGUAGGAUGGGACACUGGGCAAUCUGAUUGAGUUCUCAAUCUAGCAGCUGAUUACUUUGCUUGUGGCAGAGGGGAUAGAACCUGAUGAUCCUUGAGGUCCCUUUCAACCCAAGACUUCCUAUGAUUUUAUGAUUCUAUGAUUCAUUCUGUGAUUCUAUGAUUCUGGGGAGAUUUCUCACGCUAUGACUUGGCAGGGCAGAGCAGCAGCCAAACUGCCCCACUCCCAUCCCCCAUCCCAACCCAUACUCCUAUGGGAGAAAGGAAGUGAGGAACCACUAUAUUGCAUGCACACACCGUGCUUCACCUCCCUGGUGAGAGAACACAACACAGGGAGAAUAAGCAGAUGUACAGCACAGGUGGAAGCCUUUUUUCCUUUCUUUCCAUUUUUUUCUUUUGCUCCCUUUAAUCCACUCAAGCUCUUAGUCUGCAGGGCUGAAUCUCCCCGAGCAGCUCUGAUAAUGGGGUGGGAGGAAACUCGUUGCUCAUGAGGAAUUGCCAGUGCCAUGGUUGUUUGGGCACAGUAAGGGAAUGCUGGAUCUGGAGGGUUUGCUGCUUUCUGGAGGGCUUGGUUUAGCUCUGCGUUGGAGCACUGUUAGACAUUUCACUCCUUAUUCAUAUGGAAUUCAUUAAAAUGGAACCUAAUUUAUCAAUGCCCAUUAAAAUAAUGCAUAAAAUUGGAGGCAUUCCCCAAAGGAAUGGGACACUUCCAUCUCCCAAAACAAAGACAUCACCCACAGAGACCCAGAGGACAGCCCUCCAGAGAACCAGCAUUCACAACCUUUUUUUUUAAAUGAAAAUAUCUUUUCUUUUUCUUCCACCCCCCUCCACUUCCCCCUCCCCACACACACUGAGAAAGCAAAAGAGAUAAGUGUAGGAGACAGGGGGAUGAAUUGGAAAUUUUAUAUAUUCGAAAAGCAGAUGUGCAGAGCUGAGCACUGGCUUCUCUGAGCCAAGCAAUGCUCUUCAUGUAGAAAUGACCCUAAACUGCCAUUUGGGAGAUGGUGGAGUUCCUGUGAACUCUAUGUGGAAACUGCCCUCCUCCAGUGUUCCCUAUUGUAAUUUCUACAACCAAAAGAGAAGUGAAGGAGAUGACAUGGGGAUCAAGGAGUCUUUCUUCCCUCUCUUUCUGUGCUGGUAGGAGGAAGUAAAGGGAAGGUCAUGGUGACACAAAUUUGACACAGGGACAUAUAUCUGCCACCUGGCAUGAGCACAGGCCCCCACUCUUUAAUGGGAUAUGGGCUCCUUGGGGCAAGGAAUGACCCAUGGGUACAUCCAAAGAGAUGUACUAUGGAGACACCCAAGGUCAGGCUGGACAGGGCUCAAGCACCUGAUGGAGUUGUGGGUGUCCCUGUUCAUUGCAGGACCAGGUGGCUUUUAAGGGUCCCUUCCAACUCAACCCGCCCCAUGGUUCAGUGAUACGCAUGGGGCUGGCUCCAGCAGCAGCAGAUUGGAGCAGCAUUAAAAAUAA